GUAAUAUUUUUUCAUCAGAGACGCAUGAUUGAAUUCAGAAUCUCAUCUUUUUACUUAUCUAAAAUUUAAAUUUCAAAAUGGUUGUGGAUGACACAAAGAAAUUCACCGUAGAAAAUGGUGUUUAUAAGGGACAGGAAAUGAUUGCUAUUAAUUUAGACUGUAAGAGCCUUGGAGAAUUAAUAUGGAAUAGCAUUAAAAAUCAUGGAGACAAAACCGCACAGUUGUACGUAUGCACCGAGGAAACAAUCACUUACACGGAGCUGCAAGAUAAAAUUGUAAGAUGUGCAUUGUGGCUUCAAAAACAAGGAAUCAAACCUGAAGAUGUCAUUAGUGUAUGUACAAAUAAUCAACCCAACGCCAUUGUGCCCUGUCUAUCGGCAACUUAUAUCAACGCGAUCUUCAAUCCAUGGAAUGAAGCUAUGGAUAUGCAAACCGCGUUGCACGUUUUACAACUGACCACGCCAAAGGUGAUUUUCUGUAGCGAGAAAUGUGUGGACGUUGUUUUAAGCGCGAUGAAGGAGACGAAUCGCAGUUCAAUAAUGGUGGUUUUCGGCAAGCACGCUGGCGCUAUUUCAUUUUCUGAUGUUUUGAAAAGCUGCAGUGACGCGGACGUAAAAAACUUUCGUUAUGUCGAGCUCGAUGAUAUAAAAAAGACAGCGUGCAUUUUGCAUUCAUCAGGCACUACGGGAAUGCCAAAGGGUGUUGAAUUAUCCAAUUAUACUCUAGCAUUUGUGAGUCAGGAUAAUAACUUGAAUGUAGCUAAUAUGCCAACACUUUGGUUUUCUUCUCUUUAUUGGAUUAGUGGGGUAAUGAUGAACAUGAAAUCUAUCAUACAAGGUGCCGCAGUGAUCCUUUAUCCGGAAUUCGAUGAGGAAAUGACUUGUCGGUUGAUUGAGAAAUACAAAGUGGCAAUUCUUUUUCUCAGCACGAGCAUGAUUAAUCGGUUUCUUAGAGCGGGUUACGUAAAAAAUAUUCAUUAUCAUCUUUGAAAGCUAUAAUGGGUGGUGGUGCAAUAAUUAAACCAAAGGUACAAGAAGAGCUGAAACGUAUUUUACCUCAUGUUAUAAUAUUGCAA